AUAAAAAUGAACAACUCUAGGCUACACAGAAUUCGGGUCCCUAGUGGCAGAGAAAGCCUUGAUCUUUCUAUGAACAAUACUCUCAAGUCACGGAUUUUUAAAACUGGCAAACAUCAUAGAGUGUUCGGAUAUCAUCAAGAUACACAGCUUCCGUAUAAAGCAAGAGCUGAUAGUAGAAGGACUAAUAAUGAACAGGAUGAUGUUAUCUCACAAACUCCUAGCUUAGUAAGUGAAAUAGUCAAAACAAAUGGCAUACCUUCUCCACUGAAAUGGACUGUGAAAAGCAGGCGUCUAGCAAGAAAAUAAUUCAGCUCAACAACAAUCAGAGUACUUACCUCAAGUGCAUGAUUACCAUGAGAGAAGAAAGAAUUCACAAAGCAUGUCUGUUGAUACUAGUGGAAGAAGAAGAGACCCAUUAGAUGUGAAUGACAUAGAAGGAGCUAGGCCUCUUCCCAACUCUUAUAUUGGCAAAUAAGCUCUUCAUGAAAGAUGAGUAUGAAAGGAACAUUGGCAUGAGCUCACUCCCUAACUCAGGAAAAAUUACUCCAUUAAAAAUGGACAGAUCUUACGAUAGUAAGCGGUACAUGAGAGUUGAUGAUAUUGAUGUUAAGAGGCGAGGCAAGAUAAUUGUUCCUGUCUCUAUUCCUCAGGGGCUAAAGAAGGAUAGUAAUAUGAUUGAGUACAAAGGCAUUCCUAAACAGAGAAAACUUCUAGCACAACAAGGAAGAUUACCUUUCACUCGUAGAUAUACGAAGGAAAAGUAUGGAAAUGAACAACCUUAUAAUAACCUAUCACUAUUACAUCACGAAAACCAGACAGAAAGGGAUAUUGACCCAGAAAUGAGGAGCAGGAGAUUUAAAGCCGAAUUAAGAAGGGCUGAAAGUACGAGCACUUAUAAUUCCCAAUCAGUUAGAUCAAUAAAGCCAAUGGAACAUCCACCUUCUAGCCAUCAUAGUCAAAUAAUGCAGUCGCCUUCUUUAAUUAAGCCAAUAAAAAACCCUAAGCAAAGUAGAAGGCUUGUUCUAAAAGAAAGCAGUAGGAGGAUAUCUCCUUCCAAGAGAAAGUUCAUUGUCAACACGAGGGACCUCAGGAGGUUGCCACCUCCUCCUGAAGGAUAUGAAUAUUUCGAAGAAGUUUCUGAAGAGGAGUCUGAAGAAGAAACAUAAAAUGUAAUAGAAAAAUUUCAAUGUUUGU